UUGACAUGUUUUUAUUAUCCUUUGUUUUUUAUGCUGUUUAAGUCUAAGAGGUUUAAGUUAGUCUUCAAUUAUUGAAGCCGGUAUUUGUUUAUUUCUUUUCGGAUUAUAAUGUGAUACUAUUUGGUUUUUCAUAAUUUUGUGAGAAUAAACGCAAUAACAUGUACAGGUUCGGAUUCUGUUGGUGCAAGCAUGGUUUCAAUAAACGUUUCUUUUGCUCAGAAAGGUUCGCUAACAUGAAUCAAGCUGCAAGAUUUUUGUCUCCCAUGCUAGGAAAGUGUUAUUUACCAAUUAUUUUUGUAUAAGGCAUUAUGAUAUGUAUUUAUAUUUUCCACAGGCUUGACCGAAAGCACAAUGUAUAAACAUCUAGCAAAAAAUAAUAUUCCAUUCGAUUUGGAACCGGAGGACAUCAAACGAAAAAUAAGCUACUUCAGAUAUCUAAACGCCACAAAUGAAGAGAUUCUGAAUCAAAUUGGGCUACUGAUGCAACAUUUCAGCACUCUCGAAAAUAGAGCUACGAUUUUGAGGGAAUGUGGCUUCGUCGAAUCCCUGAAUCUUCUAACUUUAUCAAAAUAUAUAACCAUCGCUCGACGACGUGUCAAGGAUCUGAAAGUGCAACGAUUGAUUCCACAAGACCUAGACAUGGUGGCGCAGAUAAAGAAGCAAUUCCAUGCUAAAAUUCAGGCUAGUAUUGAAAGUAUUAAAAGUGAUGAGUUGCCUUUGCAAGUUUUGAGAGACGCGUUUCUCAAUGAGUUUCUCCGAAUUCGACUAAAAUUAUCAGAUGACGAGAUUAAAAAGCUCUGGAAAACCUAUUCAAAAAUAAAGCAUCGAAGUUUCAGUCAUACGCAACGAGUACUGGAUAUAUUGCAGCAUGAUUAUAAUUUCGAAAGAGAUAAAAUAGUAUCCAAUCUGUAUUUGUUGUAUGCGGACCCAGAUAACCUUCUUCGAUACCCUGAAGUGAUUCCUUCAAUAGCAGGAGUUGGAAUAAGGGAUGUCAUGUUGAAACAGCCCAAACUUGCUAUGAUGCAGUGCGACAGUAUAGUUAAAGUUUUGAAGCUCCUCCGCAAACACGAGAUCAAUGAAACAGAAAUCCUGAAUAAUUCUAUGAUUCUUACUUUCUCACCCGACACUGUGAGUACGAGACUUAAACUGCUGUCACAGGUCAAAGAAUUCGGUAUUCUUUUCAAUCAUCCCAGAUUCAUAAAACUAAUCACUUAUCAACCAAAAGCAGCUAUUCGACUGAAUUUCCUUCGCCAGUUAAAUGUUCGAUGUGCCUCAUUGAAUGUGCUGUCUGGGAGCUCGCAAAACUUCGAGAAAUAUGUCCGUGAAGGUUGCGACAAAAUAAAGGGAAAAGACGCUUGUCACUAUCUCAAUAAAAUAUUCGAUAAACAAGAUAAUGAAGCAAUAAAACAGUUGAAACGCCACCCAAAUUGGUAUCAUGUUCCGACUGUUCGGAUGGAAGAUACCUUCGAAUAUUUGAAAACGGAAGGGUUCGAGCCUAAGGAUAUUUAUGAAACCAUACAAAUUCUACUGUACCCUAAGGCGCAAGUCGAGCGAAAACUGCGAAAAUUGUUAGAAUGCAGGCGGCGGAAUGAGCCGCACGAAAAUUUUGCGUUCGAAUUGUCGGGAGUGAUGCCUGGAAAAAUCUUGUCAUUGUGCCUAUACUUGAUCGAAUUGGACUUUCAUUUCACUGGCGAUGGGGUGUGGCCAGAGGAGAUUCAACAGAGCGAUGCUACGACGAAUCAUUUCAUUGAAAUGCCGAAGACAUUGAGUAAAGAGUACAAGUUUGGAGUUAAACCUCAUAGGUUGUCCGGUGGCUAAAUUGUAGUUAUACCACCGAACCGUCGAUUAAAUAAAAAUACGUUGUUACUCUA